GAGAAAAUACUACUGGCAAGAAGCAGAAAGUCAUUAAAUGUGUUUGUUUACAAUUGAAAAGUUAGAGUAAAAUAAAAUAAUUAAAUAAGAAUAUAUAUUAUUAACAAAUGGCUGCUGAGCGCUCGCGUCGCCACAAUGCAGGCAAUAAAAUAGCCAAGCUGCUUGAUGAAGAGGAGGAUGAAUUUUACAAAACCUCCUAUGGCGGCUUUCAGGAUGAAGAAGACGACAAGGAAUAUGUCCAAAAAGACGAGGAGGAGGAUGUUGUUGACUCAGACUUCAGCAUAGACGAACAGGAUGAGCCCGUAUCCGAUCAAGAGGAGGCGCCAGAAAAGAAACGGAAACGCGGAGGCGUCGUCACAAAAGCCUAUAAAGAGCCAGCAAAGCCGCUUGCCAAGAAGGAAACUAAAGCUGGCGCUACGCUGCACAAGAAACGGGGCGCUGGCGGCGUGAUCAAACGUAGAGUGCGUCCGCGCUUUACGGUUCUGGACUCCGGGCGGAAGUCGAUACGCACCUCCACGGCCAUUAAAACACAGGCUACAAAGAUACGACUAAAAGAACUAGACGAUGCACGCAAGCGCAAGAAAAAGAAGGUACGCGUAGAGGACUAUAUGCCCACACAGGAAGAGUUGCUUGCGGAGGCAAAAGUAACAGAGGAAGAGAAUAUAAAAUCUUUGGAGAAAUUCCAAAAAAUGGAGCUGGAGAAGAAGAAGACACGGCCCACUAAGAGAGUUUUCGUUGGUCCAACGAUACGCUAUCAUUCAUUGACCAUGCCCGUCAUUCGCAAUAUGCCCACGCGAACAGGCCAACCGAAUGAGUCGACUGGCCGCUGUGAACGCACGUUCGUAACCUUUGAAAAUGAUUUCAAUGAUAAGGCUUUCAAUGCGAUCUUCCGUCCGAAACGACCACCGAAGCACUCGUGCGGCAUUUGUCCCAUCACUCGACUGCCGGCACGAUACUUCGAUCCCGUCACGCAACAGCCAUACUAUAGCAUUCAGGCCUUUAAGAUAUUGCGCGAAGCCUACUACAUGCAGCUGGAGCAGCAAGCCAGCAGCAGCAGCAACAUCAGCGAACAGACCGAGUUGGCCAAGUGGUUGGAGUGGCGUAAGUUGGUCAAGGAGAAUCGCCAAAAGGCAGCUACAGCAGCCAAAAUAGUCGAUAGUUAGUCAUCCUUAGAUUGAGUUGUCUACAAAGUUUUCUUUUAUAAUUUUUUAAAGAAUUCCCUAUUAGAAUUCAUUGUUCGUUGCAUCUCAAUUGUCAUAGUUAUGCUCGUAUCUUAAAGUCAUAUUCAAUAUAUUCAAAUGCUAAGAACAUA